CCCCAUUACGGACAGUCCUUAUAACCGGACAGCUCCAAUAACCGGACAAAUUUUGGGCACACAGGUUUUUCAUUCAUUUUUUCAUACAAAUAUCAUCCUAAUAAACGGACACUCUAAUAACCGGACGCGGACAAAGUAUUUCAAACCAUUUUCAUAAAAAAAUUUCUCAUAAACGGACAAAAUUCAAAAAUAUCACAAGCAAGCUUUGUUGUUCAUUAUAAAAAUGAAAUAGGUGAUUCCCCUUUUAACAUGUAUGCACACAUUCAAGCCCUGUGUUUUAAAUUAAGAGUAGUUUUCCAUUCAGUUUGUUAAGUCAGUUGUAUACGAAUGGUUGCGUUCAAAGUUCGUAAUAAUAUGGCGCCGAAAAAGAAGGUACUUUCUAUUAAAGAAAAAAUGGAAAUUAUUAAUGUAUUCGAAAAAGAUAAAUUAUCAGUACGUGGAAUUGCAAAAAGGUUCAAUAUUGGCAAAACACAAGCUGCUGAAAUCAAUAAAAAUAAAGAAAAAAUUCGUUCUAAAUGGGAGUCUGGAGUUAAUGUUCAUCAAAAGCGAAGCUUUCUUAAAGAAGGCGGCUCUGAAAUAGACAAGAUGUGUUUUAAUUGGUUCGCUAAGGCUAGAAGUCCAAACAUUCCGAUUUCUGGUCCCAUUUUGAAAGCAAAGGCAAUGGAAAUUGCAGGCAAACUGGGUGUACCUAAUUUUAAUGCUUCAGACGGAUGGUUAAACAAAUGGCGAAUAAGGAAUAAUGUUGCUUUCAAAUGCGUAUCUGGUGAAGCUGCAGAUGUAAACCAGGAUGGUGUCGAACAGUUUAGGACAAAACUGCCAUCUCUGUUGACCGGUUACAAGCCUCAAGACAUUUACAACGCAGACGAAAGUGGGCUUUUUUUUCGUGCCUUACCUGACAAAACCCUCGCUCUUAAAUCAGAAAAAUGCGUAGGCGGUACACUAUCAAAGGAAAAACUCACAAUUUUGUUCUGUGCUAACAUGGCUGGAGAAAAGGAGCUGCUUUUGGUUAUAGGUAAAGCAGCCCGUCCUCGAUCUUUUAAACAUGUUCCAAUCGCAAAACUGCCAGUGGAUUGGAAGUCUAAUAAAAAAGCAUGGAUGACUCGAGAAGUAAUGAGUGAAUGGCUGCAGCAGUUCAAUCGAAGAAUGAAAGCCCAGAAUCGAAAAAUUAUCUUGUUUUUAGAUAACGCGGCUUCUCACCCAAAGGAAUUAAACUUAACCAAUAUAAAAAUUAUUUUCUUGCCGCCAAAUACAACGGCAGUUAGCCAACCCCUUGAUCAAGGUAUAAUCCAAAAUUUUAAAACUUUGUAUAGAAGCUUAGUUUUAAAACACUUGCUAUCUAAAAUUGACAAUAUAAGUUCAGCCUCAGAGCUUUCAAAAUCGAUUAAUGUACUAGAAGCUGUGUAUUUCAUCAAAGCAUCUUGGGAUAAAGUGGAAGCCACAACCGUCCGAAAUUGCUUCCGUAAAGCAGGAUUUUUGGAAACUGAUGAGGAUCUUCCAGAUUUUGAUUCUGAAGAUGAUAUUCCACUGGCAAUCUAUACUAGGCUUCAGGAAGGACUAGACUUGGCAAAUGAUUUGGAAGGUUUUCUCCAAAUGGAUCAAAAUGUUUUCACUGAGGACAACAAUAUAGAAAUUCAAUUUGACCAACAAGAUGAUACUAUGGACAUAAGUGAUUCAGAAGAUGAAUUUUCAGAAGAAAUAUGUGAGCCUAUAACAUGAUAUGAUGAGGCUUUAAAACUUGUUGCGGGCUUGAAACAAUUUGCAAAAAAUGACUAUGUAGCUUUCCAGCACAUUAAAAAUAUCGAGAGUCACUUUGAGAAUGAGCAUUUUAAAUUAAAGCAAUCAAUGUUUAAGCAAUCAAGCAUUACCGAAUUUUUUCAAUCAAACUAGUAUUGAAAUGUGAAACUUGUACAAUGUACUUAAUCGAUAUAUGUACAUAUAUGUAUUUAUAUGUAAUACUAAAGUAUGCAAAUAUUGUUUACUUCCAAAAAUUUCUUAAAUAAACUAUGUACAAUACAAUUUAUAUGUGUGGUAUAUAUUUUGUGACUUCAUCCCUUAUAAGCGGACAUCUCCCAUAGCCGGACAAAAACACUGCGACGGUGAGUGUCCGGUUAUAAGGAAUUUCACUGUAU